AUGGGCGGCAAGGGCAGCGAGGCAGUAGGCGGUGCUGUCAACGAGGCAUCAGGCGGCAAGGGCAGCGAGGUUGUAGGCGGUGCUGUCAACGAGGCAGUAGGCGGUGCUGUCAACGAGGCAUCAGGUGGCAAGGGCAGCGAGGCAGUAGGCGGUGUUGUCAACAAGGCAUCAAGCGACAAGGGUAGCGAGGCAGUAGCCGGUGCUGUCAAGGAGGCAUCAGGCGGCAAAGGCAGCGAGGCAGUAGGCGGUGCUGUUAACGAGGCAGUAGGCGGUGCUGUCAACGAGGCAUCAGGUGGCAAGGGCAGCGAGGCAGUAGGCGGUGAUGUCAACGAGGCAUCAAGCGGCAAGGGCAGCGAGGAAGUAGGCGGUGCUGUAAACGAGGCAUCACGCGGCAAGGGCAGCAAGGCAGUAGGCGGUGCUGUCAACGAGGCAUCAGGCGGCAAGGGCAGCGAGGCACUAGGCGGUGGUGUCAAGGAGGCAUCAGGCGGCAAGGGCAGCGAGGCAGUAGGCGGUGCUAUCAACGAGGCAUCUGGCGGCAAGGGCAGCGAGGUAGUAGGCGGUGCUGUCAAUGAGGCAUCAGGUGGGAAGGGCAGCGAGGUAGUAGGCGGUGCUCUAAACGAGGAAUCAGGCGGCAAGGGCAAGAAGGAAGUAGGCGGUGCUGUCAACGAGGCAUCAAACGGAAAGGGCAGCGAGGUAGUAGGCGGUGCUAUCAAUGAGGCAUCAGGCGGCAAGGACAGCGAGGCAGUAGGAGGUGCUGUCAACGAGGCAUCAGGCGGCAAGGGCAGCGAGGCAGUAGGCGGUGCUGUCAACGAGGCAUCAGGCGGCAAGGGCAGUGAGGCAGUAGGCGGUGCUUUCAACGAGGCAUCAAGCGGCAAGGGUCGCGAGGUAGUAGGCGGUGCUAUCAACGAGGCAUCAGGCGGCAAGGGCAGCGAGGCAGUAGGCGGUGCUGUCAACGAGGCAUCAGGCGGUAAGGGCAGUGAGGCAGUAGGCGGUGCUGUUAACGAGGCAUCAGGCGGCAAGGGUAGCGAUGCAGUAGGCGGUGCUGUCAACGAGCCAUCAGGCGGCAAGGGCAGCGAGGCAGCAGGCGGUGCUGUCAACGAGGCAUCAGGCGGCAAGGGUAGGGAGGCAGUACGCGGUACUGUCAACGAGGCAUCAUGCGGCAAGGGCAGCGAGGCAGAAGGCGGUGCUAUCAACGAGGAAUCAGGCGGCAAGGGAAGCGAGGCAGUAGGCGGUGCUGUCAACGAGGCAUUAGGCGGCAAGGGCAGCGAGGCUGUAGGCGGUGCUGUCAAUGAGGCAUCAGGCGGCAAGGGCAGCGAGGCAGUAGGCCGCUCAGCUCCUCUCCUUGCACACCUUGCUGCUCCUCCUCGAUGA